AUGAAUGCUACAUUAGCGUAUAUUGUGUGCGUACUACACGUCGUCAUUGUCACUAAUUCCUUCAAUAUCGACAUUAAUGCACCAAUACUCAAGUUGGGGUCAGUAAACACAUCAUUCGGUUUCUCACUUGUUGGGCACACGAAACCAAACAGUGAUAAGGGAAUAAUCAUAGGCUCUCCAAAAUCCGGUGAAAAUGGCGAAAUAUACUGGUGCCGGUCCCUUGAUUCAACGUGCAGUAAGAUUACUGUGGACGUCCGAGCGCUAGCACGUACCAAUAACGAAAUCAACGGAGCACUCUUUGGGUACUCGAUGUCCUCUUUGGAUUACAAAAACCCAGAAAACGUAACCGUUUGUGCACCAAAACUCACCAGAUCCAUCGUGCAAUCAGACUACGUGACUGGCGGAUGUUUUCAGCUGGACGCGAAUUUACAAGACCCCAAGGCAUUUCAGUCUUCCAUGUCUUUCUGUCAGGAUAUUCCAGAGGCAGCCAAAUCGAUUGAUUUGCGACACUGCACUAUCGGUGCCACAGUUGGUCACCAUCCCCGAAGUCCCAAUAGCUUGUUUAUGGGUGGACCGUACUUUUACUAUGCCAAAGGUAUGGGUGCCAUUCUCGACACGGAGAAGUUUUCAAGAACGCAGACAUCCAGGGAGAACAUACCACCGAACACACUGCUUGGUUCUGCACUUGACGUUUCGGAUAGGAUUUUCGCCCCUCAAUAUGGACCGGACCCUCCAGUUUACGUGGCCUAUGGCGGUCCAGGUGUGCCGGUUACAGCCAACGAAGCCAAAGAUGUUGGAACGGGCAUAGUUCUUAUCUAUCACAGUUCCGAUGUGGACAGUGGCACCGAUUUGAAUCCUGUAAUCCAAAUCAACGGAAACCAGUUCGCAAGUCGUUUUGGGCAUGCUGUACUAUUGGUUGACAUAAACAAUGAUGGGUGGGAAGACUUGAUCGUCGGUGCUCCGUAUCAAGAAAUAGAAGCAGUGGCGGGCGGACAACCGCAGUAUGGUGCGGUGUUCGUGUUCACAAAUCGCCAAGAUUUCGCCGUUGGUGCACCGUACGCAACAGGUGGUGGAAUGGUUUUCGUGUACCAUGGAUCGCGGACGGGAAGAAUCGGUCUUCCUGCUCAGGUUAUAUGUACACCCAAACUGGCCACGAAUGUGCCGCUAAGAGGGCUGGGUUUUGCUGUUGGUCUCAAAGGACUAGAUCUGGACGGUAAUGGAUAUGCCGAUUUGGCCCUCGGUGCUCCGCUGUCCGACGCGGUGGUCGUUUUGCGAACCAGACCAAUAAUAAAGUUCAAAGUACAUCUUGUCCUUCCUGACGGCUCCACACGCAUACCCAGCAAUCUUGACUCACUACCCGACUGCACCGCAGAAGCUUCAAAUCUACCGGGGUAUAUGGCACCAAAAGUUCGGUGUCUGAAUACGAAAAUUUUCAUGACCUAUACUAGCGUUGACGGCAAGCCAUGCAAGCCCGAUGUUCGCUACAGAGCUACUGUUCUGCUCAAGUCCGAUCCACCCACUCCCUGGUUGCGUGAAUUGUGGGAGGAAAUACCCGCAGGAAGUGAGGAAAUCACGACACAGCCGAAAGAUUCGACGUGUGGGUCCCAUGGCUUUGUUAGCUUGGCGUCCAGUACACUCUUCCACGAUUUAUCCAUCGUCCCUGUUAGCUUCAUUGGUGAGAGAAGUGUCAAGGAUUAUGCAGACCAGGCAGAUCGGUUCUUUACGGUGAAUAGAUCUGCAUCAUCGGCUGCUGUGAACAGUCCUGGUGGUUAUUUGCCGAUAGAUCUUGAGGCAACGUGCCGUGAACGGAUGGAGGAUCGAAGUUAUAAGUAUCCGGUGGAACUCGACCAGGGAACAGCAAAAACCGUUCGGAUAGUGUUCCGAGAUACCAAGUUAGUGGAUCAAACGAGUCCAGUGCAAAUUGGUGUUCGGUGGGUUGCCGAUCUACCAGUACCGUAUCCAACGGCGGGAGUUAUGGAUCAGUUCCCCAUUUCAAAUCCUCGUGAGAACAGCCAACUGAUUAAACUCAAUUUUGACAACGACUGUACAGUUCGAACUUGCUGUCCCCGGUUGGCAGUCACUUAUGAAUUCGAAGUUUCAAGGGAUAAACAUGGUCCAGUCGUAUACGUUGGGGAUGAUAAAGCUCAAACGAUCACUGUAAAGGUAACCGUCACAAAUAUUGGUACUGACCCCGCAUUCAUGACGAGCCUUGUUAGUACAUAUCCACCAACCUUGCUGGAACUGGAUCCUACGCUUGGUCCGGGACUAAAUGUUGCCCCAAACGCAGCUAGUUGCUCUCUAGCCAAUCCGCUGAUUCCAGGAGAGAGCCAGAAAUGCCUUCUCCGGUGGUUGGUUGUCGCACACCAACUCACAGUACAGAUGGCUCAGUUCAGUGUAAACAGCACGAUAAUAACUGGUGCUGCUUCACCUGUUGAGGUACACGGUUCACCUACACAUGAACUCAGAGUCAACGUCAAGAUGGUCGUUAACGUGUCUGUUACCGGUACGGUCGAACCUAAUACAGUGUAUUUCUCCGGCAAUGCAAGCGAUGGUAUCAAGUCAAUUUCAGCAGAGAAUCAGAUUGGAGACUCCCGACUAUUAAUCAAAUUCACGGUUCGGAAUCUUCGAAAUCACAGCCUCAUCCCAGCCUCCCGUUUAAUCGUCGACUGGCCCUAUGAAAUCGCCGGAGAUAUCAAAGAAUCCCAUGGAAAGUAUCUUCUGUACCUACUGGACAACCCUUCCGUAGUACAGCAUCAAUUUUCGAUCCCAGGUGAGAAGGAAACGAACACGACUUCUGUGGUAUGCGAUUCACGAGCCUUGAAGCGUCUGGUCAAUCCGCACAACUACCGUAUAUUCAAAUUCCUCAGACCAAGUUCGGAUAGCGUACCGGUCAACCUUGGCCGAGUCGAUUUUCCGAGCAGCCAUCCUUCCGCCUACCCUCCACUUUCUCCCAACAAGAUGUCACAAGAGGUGCCCGGGAGAAAUGAGGACUCUGACAAACAACAGAAGCGACUCAUGACAACAGUUAGUUGUUACAACGGACAGCUCCGCUGUGUGCCCAUUACCUGUGACCUGGGGAAGCUAUCUCACAAAGCUGGUCCAAUCACUCUGGAGUUCAUAGCGCGACUUUGGGAUAAUACCAUGCGACAAGACUUCAAGGAUUUCUUUUUGACAAAGCUCCGACUGUCAGCAACUUGGAGAGCAGAUGUGAAAUAUGGCAUUGAUCUUGGAGACGCAGACCACACUCAAGAAACAAUCGAACUAUCAAUAUUCAACAACCUUGAACCAAAACCAAUCGUACCCAAGUAUACAGCACUUUACAUUGCUCUGGCCGUGUUCGGAGGUGCGGUUGUCUUAGCAAUUAUCGUGAUCAUUUUGAAGAAGGCUGGUUUCUUCAAACGGAAACGGUUCCUUCGAAAGCCGAAACAGGACAACACAGACGCAUCUAAGCCACUUGACCCAGCUGCUGCCAAACCUACCACUACCUCUGCUUCCACCACCCAGUACUCUAGACAACCAGCUGUACGAACAAGAGGAUAUCAAGCAGGCACGAUGAGCAUGACUUCGUCUCAGGCUGGUGGACCUUUGGACGAAGGCCCUGUUACCCAACCAGCUGUUUCCGCUCGUGUAUUCACCUUCGAGGAACCUUCAGGGCGGUUCUCUAGACGUAUUGAGUCCGCAGCUUACUGAGAGUUAUCAUGAAACUCAAACAACCGCAACGCAUUGCGAAUGCCGCACAGAUACCUGAACUUUCUUUCUUAUUUUCAGCCACUUUUCUAUGCAAAAACGACACACCUCAGCAGCAUGCUUUCCAGCUUUCAACUUCAAUUAGUUUUCUUUGACAUGAGAAUUCGCCAAGCUAUUUGUGAACUUCGCAAAAACAGACCCCGAGAUGGAUUCCGCUCGCCAGGUAAAAAUUAGAAAAGAAGAAUUGAACGAUGUUUUUGUAUAUCAGGCCAAACUAAUGCAGUUGAAUAUCAGUCUAUAUAUUCCAAAGUUUCAAAUGAUGUUUUUGAUAUUGGGAUCUAUUGAAAAUAGUAAAACCUGCU